UUUUCUGUGUGCUAAAGUCGUAAUAUUUGUAAUUCAAGUGAAAAAUGUUUGCGCAUGGAAAAUUUUACUUUUCAUUAAUUGUAUUCACAAUCUUAGCGUCUCAAAACGUUAGCGGUAAAAUAAGGAAUUAUGGUGACGAAAAUGACAGUGAUUAUAAAGAAAAUCGUGGAUAUGCCGUUGGCAAUAAACCUUAUAUUAUUAAGGGAACAGAUGCUUCCAUCGAAGAAUUUCCAUACGUGGUAUUUCUAACUCAAAUUAAUCCUGACGGUCAAGGGAUUGAAAGCUCCAGAUAUGGUUGUACUGGUGUCAUAUUGACGUCAACUGUUAUCCUGACAACUGCAAUAUGUCUUGAACAUGGUGAUGAUAAUGAUUUCGCGGAGGAGAGAACUUUACAAUUUACGAAUGCAUACAUUAAAGCUGGAGUGACAAACCGUGAUGAUCCCAGAGCAAAAAAAAUUUACUUUGCAAGAGGAAUUCUUCAUGAUAAAUAUAGCUAUGAUCAGGACUACAUGCAAUAUAACAUAGCGUUAUUGAAGCUGAACAGACCGCUAUGCAGAUCCAAAACCAUACAACCUUUAAAGUUUGCAACUGAAGACGAUUUUGAACAAGCGAAUAAAGUUGGAACAGUUGUUGGUUGGGGUUGGAAGACAGCGAACGCUAACUCUCUCUCAAACACGUUACAACAAAUUCAAAUGAAAAGUGUGCCAGUUGAUCAAUGUGAUGAAGAAACAGGCAAGUUUGUGAACGAACAUUCGUUUUGUGUCAAGGAUUUGAAUGAUACAUUUCAGGGAGGAAUAUGUGAUGGUGAUUCUGGAACACCGUUUAUAGUAAACAACAAAGUAUAUGCGAUUGGAACAACCAUUGCUAAGGGAUGUAAAUCCGCAGAUUAUUUUGUAAGAGUAGCAGACCAUGAAAUUAAAUCUUGGAUAAAAGAUAAAUGUUGGGAACUACAUAACGAAAUGCGAAUGAAGAAAAGUCCAAAUCGUCCAAAUCGAUUUUUACUAGAAAAGAAUGGUAGUCACUCUGUACCAUAA